CCUGACGUCACUGCGGUGCGCCGCUUCCGGUCCCCAGCGCGGUGGUAAAUGAGUUCUCUCUCGGUGGGAACGGACCCGGGCUUGCCCUGACCCCCUAGAGCCCACGAUCCACCGCAUCAGCAGAGAGUCCGACAGCGCCCACGUCCCACACGCGCCUGGGACCAUGGCCACUGACUCGUGGGCUCUGGCGGUGGACGAGCAGGAAGCGGCGGCUGAGUCUUUGAGCAACUUGCAUCUAAAGGAAGAGAAAAUCAAACCAGAUGCCAAUGGUACUGUUGUCAAGACCAAUGCUAAUGAAGAGAAGACAGAUGAAGAAGAGAAAGAGGACAGAGCUGCCCAGUCUUUACUCAACAAGCUGAUCAGAAGCAACCUUGUGGAUAACACAAACCAAGUGGAAGUCCUGCAGCGGGACCCCAGCUCCCCUCUCUACUCGGUGAAGUCUUUUUUAGAGCUCCGCCUAAAACCACAGCUGCUCCAGGGAGUCUAUGCCAUGGGUUUCAACCGCCCAUCCAAAAUACAAGAGAAUGCAUUGCCUUUGAUGCUUGCUGAACCUUCACAGAAUUUAAUUGCGCAGUCCCAGUCUGGUACUGGCAAAACAGCUGCCUUUGUGUUGGCCAUGCUCAGCCAAGUAGAACCUGCAAACAAAUACCCCCAGUGUCUGUGCCUGUCCCCAACAUAUGAGCUCGCUCUUCAAACAGGAAAAGUGAUUGAACAGAUGGGUAAAUUUUACCCUGAACUGAAGUUAGCUUACGCUGUUCGAGGCAAUAAAUUGGAAAGAGGUCAGAAGAUCAGUGAGCAGAUUGUCAUCGGCACUCCCGGGACCGUCCUGGACUGGUGCUCCAAGCUCAAGUUCAUUGACCCCAAGAAGAUCAAGGUGUUUGUGCUGGAUGAAGCCGACGUGAUGAUAGCUACUCAGGGCCACCAGGAUCAGAGCAUCCGCAUCCAGAGGAUGCUGCCCAGGAACUGCCAGAUGCUGCUUUUCUCUGCUACCUUUGAAGACUCUGUGUGGCAGUUUGCCCAGAAAGUGGUCCCAGACCCCAACAUCAUCAAACUGAAGCGCGAGGAGGAGACCCUGGAUACCAUCAAGCAGUAUUAUGUCCUGUGCAGCAACAGAGACGAGAAGUUCCAGGCUCUGUGCAAUCUCUAUGGGGCCAUCACCAUCGCUCAAGCCAUGAUUUUCUGCCAUACCCGCAAAACAGCUAGUUGGCUGGCAGCAGAGCUGUCGAAAGAAGGCCACCAGGUGGCCCUGCUGAGUGGCGAGAUGAUGGUGGAACAGAGGGCUGCGGUGAUCGAGCGCUUCCGAGAGGGCAAAGAGAAGGUUCUGGUGACCACCAACGUGUGUGCCCGAGGAAUCGAUGUUGAGCAAGUGUCUGUGGUCAUCAACUUUGAUCUCCCCGUGGACAAGGACGGGAACCCGGACAACGAGACCUACCUGCACCGGAUCGGGCGCACCGGCCGCUUUGGCAAGAGGGGCCUGGCCGUGAACAUGGUGGACAGCAAGCACAGCAUGAACAUCCUCAACAGGAUCCAGGAGCAUUUUAAUAAGAAGAUAGAAAGAUUGGACACGGAUGAUUUGGAUGAGAUUGAGAAAAUAGCCAACUGAGAAGCUCCCCAGUCACUGGUGCCGCCCUCGUCACCGCCCUUCGCGGAGUUCUGUGCUGCGCUGCCCCAGCCUCGACGGUUACCACAGACAAGGCACGAGGAAGAAACUACCUACCUCAUUGAAUUAUGUUUGGACUUGACCAAAAUUUGUGAAAAUGAUGGGGAAUGGUAGGAUAAUUGUUUAUACAACUGAAGGAUUAGGCGUGAAUACACAAAAUUUACUUUUGGAUAUUUGGUCUUUUUUUGGCCAGCAUUUUCUCAACAAUAUGCUAAUCUAGAUGCUGUGGCAGAUUACGUGUCCAGCUUCCCUCGUGACAAUCUCUCCUUCUCUGGCUGGGAGUGUACAGGCCAGCCUUCAGCACAUGUGAAAGUGACAGAGUAGAGGUGAAGAGGGAACACAGGGAGAAGCCCCAAUAGGAUAUGUGUGGAGGAAGCCCAGUCAUUUUGUCUGAAGGAUGGCAUGAGGCAAAGGAGCAGCCCUGUGAACUUCUGCUUUUAACAGAGCAAUGCCAGUACCUCUGUCCUGAUGCCCAUACCAGAACGGGAUUUGCUGUGAUGGACUAAAAUGCCAAACUUGGGACCUUUGUGUGCAGGUUUGUGUCUCUGGACUGUGACUCAUUCUUUUCAGCAGAUAGUUUGUUUAUUGUACAUUUGAUUAUUGGUGGGUCUUUACCUUUUGCUUAAAUAAGUGCUAUGGAAUAGGCAUCUUGAGAAUGAGUAGGAGCCCAGGCUUGCAACAAAACCUGGUUUCACAGGCACUUGCAGUGUCCUUUUUAUAUUUCCAAGAACACCUUGACCCAUACAUAGUAUCCUCAAGCAACUAUACAGUGAUUUGAGGUUUGAAAGUGAAAAUUGAAUGUUUGUUUCCAGUGGCUCAUCUCAAGGCAACUCCAUAUGUGGUCAACAGUAGUCACAAAUAUUUGCUUUGCUUCCAGAUCCCACAGGGCAGUUUUUGUCACAGCUGGGAAAUGAUUACAGAUAUUUGGCAUCUGGAUUGUAAAAGGAUUCUGAACAUGUGUGUUUACAGUGCCUGGAAUAUAAAUAGGUGCAAUUAGGGACCAAUAGAUGGACUACAGCCACUCAUCUAUCCAAGCAAAGCAUCACCACCAAGGCCUUCGGUCCAUCCUUACUUGGCCGUUGUGUAUAAAAUACAGAGGAAGCAUUAGAAGUGGACACUUUUCCACACAUGACCAAGGCUGUUGGCAUCCCCAGAGUGAUAGAGCAAAGGUGAGAUGAAACUCAUUUGCAAGAGUAGUCUGAACUCCUAGCCCAAAGGAGAGUUCUCACCUCUUUGAGCUUGAUACAGAGGACCUGGAAGAGGAAUUUUACUUUUUUUUAAUUUUUUUUAACAUUACUAGGGAUCGAAUCCAGGGCCUUGCACAUGCUAGGAGAGUACUCUACCACUAAGCUGUAUCUCCAGCCAUGGAAGAGGUUUUAUAUGAUGAAAACUACUCGCAUUCCAGAUUUUUUCUUGGAUAUUUUUGUGUUUUAAGAUCAGAUCUAUCACCUAGGAAGGGAAGUGGCCAAUGUCAGCUUCCAGAUGGUUUCCUUACUCUGACAUCAUGAAGAAGGAGACUGCCAACUCCACCACUUUCUCCCAUUAGGUAUUGGAUUAUAUACACUGUUUCCUCGGUGUUUCUGGUUAACUGACCCAUUUUAGGAAGAAAUUUAGUGCUCCCCUGAGGUCUGUGAACCAACCGUGAAAUAACUAAAAACAUGGCCCGUAUUUAAAGAAGCAUAUAGGCGGCCCAUUAGGCUGCAGACUGACUACGCUUCUCCCAACACAUAAAACCUUUCUACUGUUGUAGCCCUAAAUCUGAUCUGAGAAGGAAAAUGGGAAGGUGUGCAGCAGAUUCUUCAAUAGUAGAAGUUAAUCAGCUUCUGUAGAAGUGUGUUUUAGCAGCUCUUAACCUGGGGUCUUGAACCUUUAAAAGUCACUGGAUAGGCUCCAUCUACAAGGUGUUGAGGGCCAGAGAUUUAGCUCAGUGGUGCCUCACCUGCCUCAGAAGCCCAAGGUCCUGAGUUUUAUCC